AUGAGGACGAGAGCCACACGGCCUCCAUGUACUGCACCGUGUGUGCCACCCACCUGUGCGGCGAGUGCUCCCAGCUCACCCACUCCACCCGCACGCUGGCCAAACACCUUCGUCUGCCUGGAGGAGGCCUGUCAGUCCGGGCCUCUCAUGUGUUGCGUGUGUAAGGAGUACGGCAAGCACCAGGGACAUAAGCAUGCAGUUCUUGAGACCGAAGCUAAUCAGAUCCGUGCGUCUAUUCUGGACAUGGCCCACUGCAUCCGCACCUUCACAGACGAAGUAUCCGAGUACUCGAGGAAGCUGGUGGGCAUCGUGCAGCAGAUCGAAGGCGGAGAGCAGAUAGUAGAGGACGGCGUUGGCAUGGCGCACACUGAACAUGUCCCCGGCACGGCGGAGAGCGCUCGCUCCUGCGUCCGAGCUUACUUCGCAGACCUCCACGAGACUCUGUGUCGGCAGGAGGAGAUGGCGUUGAGCGUGGUGGACGCUCACGUGAGGGAGAGGCUGAUCUGGCUGAGGCAGCAGCAGGAGGACAUGACCAUCCUGCUGUCUCAAGUCUCCACCGCCUGCCUGCACUGUGAGAAGACACUUCAACAGGAUGACUGCAGAGUCGUGUUGGCAAAGCAGGAGAUCAACUGUUUGCUGGAGACGCUUCAGAAGCAGCAGCACCAGUUCACCGAGCUGGCAGAUCACAUUCAGCUGGACGCCGGCAUCCCCGUCACCUUCACUAAAGAUAACCGGGUCCACAUUGGCCCAAAGAUGGAGAUCCGAGUUGUGACUCUUGGGCUGGACGGAGCUGGAAAAACCACCAUCCUCUUCAAGCUGAAGCAAGAUGAGUUCAUGCAGCCCAUCCCAACUAUUGGUUUCAAUGUGGAGACGGUUGAAUAUAAGAAUCUGAAAUUCACUAUCUGGGACGUGGGAGGAAAACAUAAGCUCAGACCUCUUUGGAAACACUAUUAUCUCAACACUCAAGCGGUGGUGUUUGUGAUUGACAGCUGCCACAGGGACAGACUCAUGGAGGCGCACAGCGAGCUGGCAAAACUACUGACGGAGAAGGAGCUGAGAGAUGCCUUGUUGCUCAUCUUUGCAAACAAACAGGACGUCCCCGGUGUCGUGUCUGUGGAGGAGAUGACGGAGCUGCUGAGUCUACACAAGCUGUGCUGCGGGAGGAGCUGGCACAUUCAGGGCUGUGACGCCCGCAGCGGUAUGGGCCUCCACGAGGGGCUGGACUGGCUCUCCAGACAGCUGGUGGCUGCCGGCGUCCUGGACGUAGCCUAAAUAUCUCCCUCCCCACCCCCCCACCCACCCGGCUACACCAUCGCUAUUUUGGUUCACAGUGACUCUCUGUCCCCCCCUAGCGGCUGACCCGAACCCCCGGCCUCUGAGCCUCGUUCAUCUGCUGUGACUUCCAAACUUUCCAGACUGCGGCUUUAAGCCAGCUCUCCUCAUUUUUCCUUCUUUGUGCACCAUUGUGGGCAAAAAGCAAAGAAACAAAAGGUAUAAAUACUUUCUCUAGCUUCACUAAGUGAGAACAUGGAAACUUAAAAAAACAACCUUUUUGAGUCUGUCCUAACGGUCACAUUAACUCUUCACCUUAAACCUCAGUUAAGACUACAUGCUCCCAUGCUGCUUCACUGCUAAGGCAGCUUACACCGUCUAACACGUCGCUAACUUUAGUUUUUCUUUGUUUUAACCCUUUCAGGAGACGAGCUGUUUGUCUGGCACCUGUAGCUAGUUGAUUUAGGUGCAGUCACAUGUUAAAACUGCUCCCUGAUAAGAGUGAACUCUUUAUCUCGUACCUUCUAUCUCACCUGCUACUCAAUCAUAACCACCACCAUAUGUGACUAAUCUUAACCGAAUGCAAGGUAGUCCUUAUGUAAUAACAGCAUCAUUUAUUUACCCUUUUGUUGAUUCAGUAGACUCAGACGACACAUCUGAUAAUCCAGAGAAAUAACUACAGUUUCCUUUUUUUUUUUAGCUAAAUCCAGUAUAUUUACAGCUAAGUGAGACGGGAACAGAAACUAUAUAGUUACAAGGAACCCAGACGGAGUCUCUCACUUUGCCUUGACAUGUAAUGUAAGCAAUAGCAGUUGAUGUUUCAUGGGGUCUUUUAAAAGUUACGUGUGCAAGUUUUUUUUUCCUUUUUAUUUUUAUGUGUUUAAAAAAAAAAACAACCUAUUUAAUGCCACAGCUGGUCUUGAAAUGGCGCACCGGUUUAAAGUUUGUUUUUUUUUUUGGUUUGAAUGUGUUUUCUGUUACAGAACAAAGUGUUUACUGAAUUUAUUUAUGAGCGGGAACGUGGACGUUACCUUUUUUUUGAUACGAGGCUGAGAAAUUCAGAGAGUUUUGAUGCACCGCCUCUGUUUUUGUUUUUUCCGUGUGUGGAGUGUCUUGCACGCAGAAUUCGUCAAACGCCCUCGUCUGCUGCCUCACUACCAGUUUUCAUUUGGAAGCAAAUGAACUGAAUCUGCUGUUUCUUAGUAUUAACCUCACUGCAAAAAAAAUAUAAAUAAAUAUUUAAAAAAAAAAAAAAAUCUUGUGACAAUAUUCCUAUUUAAAAAACAUCUCACAAGUCCUGUUGAUCUUGUCUGGAGCGCUUAUGAGAUGGUACACCUUUAAUCCACAGCCUUCAGUAAUGAUGUAAUGUGAAACUUUAGUGAAACAUUAAACCUAACACUGACACUCUUGUUAUGGAGGAACCAUCGUUUUGAUUUCUUUAUUCAUUGCUAUGUAAUGUUUACUACUUGUAUCUAUGUAUAAAAAAUACAAAUUUAAAAAAAAAACAAAAAAACGCACGUGUGAAAAGCCUUUCCGUAUAGUUUGUGAGAACAUUUCCAUCCGUUUUUUGAAAACGUAGAAGCACAAAGCUCCUCAAAACCUUUGUUACCAGUGGACUUGAUAAUGGCUUUUGUAAAUUAUUCAUAAUGUGAUGCUGUAAAAUAAACUAAUUGACCUUA